AUGUUAUUGUCCUCAUCCAAGGUAUUUGCGUCUCUCCUAGCUCUUCCCAGUGCAGUAUUCGCCCAGCCACACUGCAAACUCUCUCCCCUUGAUGCUGAAUGGCCUUCUACUGAAGAAUGGGCUGCGCUGAACACGUCAAUCCAAGGAGCCCUGAUCAAGACAGCCCCGGCUGCGUCGUCUUGCUAUCCGGGGAAUCCCUUUGGCUCAACUGAGAAUUGCACAAUCGUGAAGAAUUACUGGUCCUAUGCUGCAUACCACUCUGCUUGGCCUGAGAGCGUUGAUUACUCGAUCUAUACCAACAACUCCUGCGUACCUCCUGGUGUUGCGGGCUAUACCGAGGGCCGGGGCUGUAGCAUUGGGGCUCUCCCACAGUAUAUUGUCAAUGCUACGACUGAGGAGCAGGUGGCCAAGGCAAUGCAGUGGGCAUCCGACAGAAAUAUCCGUAUGGUGGUGAAGGGAACAGGUCAUGAUCUCAGCGGACGAUCUACCAGCGCAUCCGUCAUGGCCUGUGCCUGCCUCCAACCGCACCGCGGACGUUGUGAUCAUUGGAGUGGCAACACCUGGGGAUCCAUAUACACUGCCGUUCAUGCAAUCCACCGCACUGUUAUAGGCGCGGAAGACGCCACCGUCGGACCCGGUGGAUUGAUCCAGAACGGAGGUCACGGUCUGCUUUCUAGCCACUACGGCCUGGCCUCGGAUCAGGCUGUCCGAGGCGGUGGUGGGGGCCAGUUUGGAGUGGUCACCGAGUUCGUUCUCAAGACGUACCCUGUGCCUGCGAACGUGGUCACUGGCAGUCUUUCUUUCUAUCCGAAUCGCCUGGUAAAGGAGAGUGAGCUCGCUUCAUGGGAUGCCUUCGUGGAAACAGCACGCAUGAUUCCUGAUCUGAUGGACUCGACUAUAGAACCGGUCUGGAGGCGUUGGGCCCCUGAUACGGGCUCUUACAUGAACGAGGGGAGCGCGUUCAGCAGUACCUGGAAGAAUGACUUUUAUGGCGAGAACUAUGACCGGCUGCUUGCAAUUAAACGCAAGUAUGACCCGAACGAGAGUCUUUUCAUCUGGAGUGGUGUUGGAAGUGACACGUGGACUUAUGAUUUACGCAGUGGGCUGCUCUGUCGGAGGUAG